CGCACACACCAGAUAGACCCACAACCUGGUAAGAUCAAAGAGAGAUCGAAGCCGAGCAAACAUGGUCCCUUUCUUGCAAACCCGUUUAGGGAGCAGAUGGAAAAGUGGGGACUUGUGAAGAAGGUCUGUGAGGUUGCCUAAGGAUCCGGGAGCCGAAGAGACCGGCUGAUUGGAAGAAAAAAGCAGAGCGAUGGAGGCGGGGGAAGUGCGAGCUCUCUGCGGGGACUGGAGCGAGUCCACGCCCGGGGCCAGCGCUGCAGAGCUGGCGUGCAUUCAACCAACGCUUCCCAGCUAAAGCAAGCCCAGGAAAGAAGAGGGGGGAAAGGGGGGAGCGUUUCUCCAAAGCCUCCCGAUCUGCAGAGUGAAAUUGAUUGACGCCAUCGUGAAGGGGGAAGAGAGGGAACUGGAAGGGGGAGACCCAGGAGGUGUCACCCUAGGGUCCAAGAGGUGGAGGAUGAACGGAGAAGCGGAUAGUCCAACUGACUUAGAAAUGACGGCCCCUAAAAAUCAAGACCGUUGGACCCAGGAAGACAUGCUGACACUCUUGGAAUGCAUGAAGAAUAAUUUGCCUUCCAAUGAUGGUGGCAAGUUCAAAACCACUGAAUCCCACCUGGACUGGGACAAGGUUUCCUUCAAGGACUUCUCUGGUGACAUGUGCAAGAUGAAAUGGAUUGAGAUCUCCAAUGAGGUGAGGAAGUUCCGAACCCUGACAGAAUUGAUUAUGGAUGCUGAGGAACAUGUGAAAAACCCCUACAAGGGUAAAAAGUUGAAGAAGCAUCCUGACUUCCCCAAGAAACCUUUGACCCCAUACUUUCGUUUCUUCAUGGAAAAGCGAGCUAAGUAUGCUAAGCUGCAUCCAGAAAUGAGCAACCUGGAUCUUACCAAGAUACUUUCCAAAAAGUAUAAAGAGCUCCCUGAAAAGAAAAAGAUGAAGUAUAUCCAAGACUUUCAGCGAGAGAAACAAGACUUUGAGCGAAAUUUGGCAAGAUUUAGGGAAGACCAUCCCGACCUCAUUCAGAAUGCCAAGAAAUCUGAUAUCCCAGAGAAACCCAAGACCCCCCAACAGCUCUGGUACACCCACGAGAAGAAGAUCUACCUGAAAGUGCGCCCUGAUGCCACCACGAAGGAGGUGAAGGAUGCGUUGGGCAAGCAAUGGUCUCAGCUCUCGGACAAAAAAAGGCUGAAAUGGAUUCAUAAGGCUCUGGAGCAGCGGAAGGAGUAUGAGGAAAUGAUGCGGGAUUACAUGCAGAAGCACCCAGAGAUGAACAUUGAGGAAGGGGCUCCCCCCCGUUCCACCCUGACUAAAGCAGAGAGGCAGUUGAAAGAUAAGUUUGACGGGCGACCCACUAAGCCACCUCCGAAUAGUUACUCGCUUUACUGUGCUGAGCUGAUGGCAAACAUGAAGGAUGUCCCAAGCACAGAACGGAUGGUGCUCUGCAGUCAGCAGUGGAAGCUUCUUUCCCAGAAGGAGAAGGAUGCCUACCACAAAAAGUGUGAUCAGAAAAAGAAAGAUUAUGAAAUCGAGCUCUUGCGUUUCCUGGAGAGUCUACCUGAAGAAGAACAACAGAGGGUUCUGGGAGAGGAGAAAAUGCUGGGAGUAAACAAGAGAGGUGCCACCAGCCCUGCCUCUAAGAAGUCGUCACCAGAUGCCAGCAAGGGAGGUUCUGAGAAACCCAAACGGCCCGUUUCUGCUAUGUUUAUCUUCUCGGAGGAGAAACGCAAGCAGCUGCAGGAGGAGCGACCCGAACUGUCGGAGAGUGAACUGACCCGGCUGCUGGCGCGGAUGUGGAAUGAUCUUUCAGAGAAAAAAAAGGCCAAGUACAAAGCUCGUGAGGCUGCCAUGAAAGCUCAGACAGAGAAAAAGCAUGGUUCUGACAAGGAGGAUCGUGGCAAACUUCCUGAGUCACCCAAGACUGCUGAGGAGAUCUGGCAGCAAAGUGUCAUUGGAGAUUAUCUUGCCCGCUUUAAGAAUGACCGUGGAAAAGCACUAAAAGCCAUGGAAACCACCUGGAAUAACAUGGAGAAAAAGGAGAAGUUGAUGUGGAUCAAGAAAGCAGCAGAAGAUCAGAAACGAUAUGAGCGAGAACUGAGUGAGAUGAGGGCACCGCCAUGCUCAACAAAUGCCUCCAAGAAGAUGAAAUUCCAGGGUGAGCCGAAGAAACCCCCUAUGAACGGGUAUCAGAAGUUUUCUCAGGAACUGCUUUCAAAUGGCGAACUCAACCACCUUCCUCUGAAGGAGCGGAUGGUGGAGAUCGGAAGCCGUUGGCAGCGCAUUUCUCAGAGCCAAAAGGAACAGUACAAGAAGUUGGCUGAAGAGCAGCAGAAACAGUACAAAGUGCACCUGGAUAUGUGGCUCAAGAGUUUGUCACCGCAGGAGAGAGCUGCAUACAAAGAACAUACCUCCAGUAAACGCAAGAACAUGGGGAAGAUGCGGGGCCCAAACCCCAAGAUGAAACCCUCAAUACAGUCAAAGUCGGAAUCAGAGGAAGAGGAUGAUGAUGAUGACGAUGAUGAUGAAGAUGAGGAUGAGGAUGAGGAUGACAAUGGUGACUCCUCUGAAGAGGGAGGGGAUUCCUCAGAUUCAAGCAGUGAAGAGGAAAGUGAAGAUGGGGAUGAGAACGAAGAAGAGGAUGAUGAAGACGAUGACGACGAUGACGAUGACAAUGAAUCAGAAGGCAGCAGCAGUUCCUCAUCCUCCUCAGGAGAUUCUUCAGAUUCGGACUCCAAUUGAACCAUCCUCUUCCUCUGGCCACCUUUCUUGUUUUGUACUCUUAUUCGGUUUUAUUUUUCCGGAUAAUAGUAACAUCCACAGCUGGAGAGCUAGGAUGGGGAAGAAAGGGGAGGGGGAAAUCACUGUGGUUUAAUUAUCUUCCUCUCCUCACAGGCCUCACAUUGUAUUUAACGGUGUGUGGUUGUGUGUGAGGGGAGCAGGGUAGAAAAUAGCUGACAACCAGCAGAGGCUUUUUUGUGGUGGUGUGGGGAGAGAAUUUUAUUCUGUGCUCCUCUUCUCCCCCACCCCCCAUCAAAAUCUCUUAGGGGGUUCUCCCCUUUUUCUGAGAGGUGGGCAGGGGUCAUGCAAAAUUCAGGCCCCUUUUAUUUUCCCCCUCACAUCUCUUCCCUCCGCUUCCCCCCACCACAAUUCUAGCCACCAGCUCGGGAACUUUGUACAAAUUCUUUUUUAAAAAACAACAACAUGGCAAUGAGAUACUCCCCCCACCCUGUCAAACAGCCAAGGAGAGAUGGGUUCCAGAAAGCAUGAGCCAUGGAAGGUUCUGGACUUUGCCAGUGAGACCCACCUCUCCUCCUCAAAGCGGACAAUCUUGUACAGUCUUGAAAGUAUACACCUUGGCAAAAGAGAGAGAAAAAAUGGCUGCAGCUGUACUUAGCUAUUUCCUGUGAUGAACUGGAUAUCCAGCAUUUCCUGUUAAGGGAAAUGGGGGUGGGUAGGUAUAUUUCAUGUCAGUGUGUGGCAAGGUCAGGGGAUAGAAGAUGAACCGAAGAACAGGAAUUUUUUUUGCAAAGGGAGUGACUGGCAUGCUGUUGGGGGAAGAGAGGAUUUCAAGAGCUCUAAGGUGACUGACUUUAUUUUGCAGGAGGUGGACUUUUUCUGUCGUUUUUCUGACCAGCAUUUGGGCAAAGACAGUAGUGGCCAGACCCCUUUGGGUUGUUGUUAAUAUAUAUAUUAUUUUUUACAAUGACUUGACCAAUAAUUGUACCAAAAUGGGGCAUUUUGUUGACUGUCUUUGGAAGGGGGUGGUUGGUUGUGGGGAAUCGUCUGUGUCAUUAGCAUUUUUUUUAAAAGAUUUUAUAAACCAAGUAAGACAAA